CAUCUAUCGAUUUAUCAUGGAACAUUUCCCAUAUUAUCGUGAUAAUCGUCAAGGUUGGCAAAAUUCCAUUCGGCAUAAUUUAAGUUUAAAUGAUUGUUUUAUUAAACUGCCACGUGAUAAAAGUCGACCAGGCAAAGGUAAUUAUUGGACAUUAUCAACUAGUGCUGAUGAAAUGUUUGAACAUGGAAAUUAUCG